UGUCAUUUCGAUUCAGAAGUUUGUGCAGCCCAAAAUACAUGAGCCGAUUCCAGCAAGGAUUGUGUUUUUAUUUUUUAAAUUUUGAGUUUAUUUUUGGCAGUCAAGUUGAGUAAAAAUGGGCAAAACAAGCAAAGACAAACGAGACAUCUAUUACCGGAUGGCCAAAGAGGAGGGUUGGCGUGCCAGGAGCGCCUUCAAGUUGAUCCACCUGGACGAGAAUUUUAACAUUUUUGAGGGGGUUACACGUGCCGUCGAUUUGUGCGCCGCGCCGGGCAGCUGGAGUCAGGUGCUGUCGAAGAAGCUGUACGAAUCCCGCGACAAGGACAAGGACGAUGUGAAGAUAAUCGCCGUCGAUUUGCAAGCAAUGGCCCCGCUCCCCGGUGUGACCCAACUGCAGGGAGACAUCACCAAACUGAGCACGGCCCAGGCCAUCGUCGAACACUUUGGCAACGACCAGCGCGCCCAGCUGGUGAUUUGCGACGGGGCGCCGGAUGUUACGGGGCUGCACGACAUCGACGAGUACAUCCAGUCGCAGCUGCUGCUGGCCGCCCUCAACAUCACGACCCACGUGCUGACCAUUGGCGGAACGUUCAUAGCGAAGAUCUUCCGCGGGCACGACACCACGCUGCUGUACUCGCAGUUGCGAAUCUUCUUCGAGAAGGUCUCGAUUGCGAAACCGGCCAGCUCGCGCAACUCCAGCAUCGAGGCGUUCGUCGUUUGCCAGCAGUACAAACCGCCGGAGGGUUACAUCCCGCAGAUGAUCAACCCGAUGGAGGACGACGUGAUGAAGAUCGCGGGCGAAACCGAAUCCGAAGUGAACCGGUCGAUCAUCCCGUUCAUCGUGUGCGGAGACCUGCGGGGCUACGAUUCGGACAUGUCGUACAGUUUGAAUCUCAACCCAGAGAAGGAGUACGAGUACCGCGAUGUGGUGCAGAAGCCACUAGCGCCGGCGUACAGUGAAGUACUGGAGCGGAUGAAGACCACCUCGCUGAAGCACGACAGCAUCAAGGUGGAGUCCGACAAGAAGAAGGAUUAGUUGGAAUUUGAAUUUAAACAUUUUUUUGACGACUUGGCUGUAGGGUGAGCUAUUCAACUCAUAACAUGGGAAGAUUCCGUUGCUACAUUUAAUGAACCGGGGAAGUUGGCUGAAAAUUUCAUAUUUUUCUAAGCUAUAAUUGAAUAAAUUUAUACAUUUGAUAAUUAAAAAUUGCGAUGUAACUUACAUUUAAAUUUGUGGUACUAAUUGAGAAAAACAGAAAAUAAAGUUUUUAAUUUGUCUGAUAAUAAAUUUGCAUUCUAAUGUACUUUUAAGACCAUCAAAAAUUUCAAAUAAAUACCACCUCUUUAUCUAGUAGU